UGACUAGUAGCAUUUCACUUCGAGGCGAGAACACGUCACACACAAUUCUCAUUCUCAGAAAACCAGCACUUACAGAGAGGUAUACUAAAACUGAAAUUCCCAAAUGGAGCGGAGCGAGUACGACUGCGAGCUACCCUCGACCUCGGGGGCAUCGUGCAGGAACUCCAGGUCCGGCACUGGCAUAUCGGCCAUCCUGGGCUUCGCCAAGUCGGAGUACUCCCUGGACACGCUGGACGCGGAGGCCAUGAUGGCGAACGGGCGCCGCCUGGAGAGCGAGAACGACGGCAAUGAUACCGACGAGGAGGUCGAGAUCUGCUUCACCCGCUUGAGCCUGAUGCCCGACCGGGGCAGGCGUCUCUACAUGGACUGCAAGCUGUCACUUCCGGCGGGCGGAAGUGUGCCCAUGCGCGGCGGCGCAGAAGCCAUUGCCGCUGCCCCGCACGAGAGCACCAGUUCGCCGGAAGUUCGCUAUGAGCGGCUAAGAAAUACUGCAGUCGAGGAGCGGAAAUACUGGCGGUUGCAGAAUCUGCCCAUCACCUGUCCGCUGAGCAGCUGCGAUCUGAUUUUCAAUCCCGGGCAGCUGCUGAGUCACUGCCUGAUGUGCCACGAGGAGGUGAUGACCAUGGAAAUGAAGGCCAAGGAGGCGAAGUGCCUGAAGAUCUUUGGCAAAUCCCUGCCGGAGGACAGGGGCAAAAGCAACUGUGUGGGUCUGCUGCUCUACAGGAGUGUGAGGAAGGCGACCCGCAACGCAAAUCUACCCCGGAUCUACAAGGACUGGGAGAGCCGCUUGCCCAUCCUGAUGAUGCUGUGGAAGACCUCCUGGGACGCGGUGACCAGCGGCCCGCGGGUGACCCACAUCUACAUCCUCUGGCUGUUCUGUCCCCAGGCCCGAGCGCCUUUGAUGGUGACCGUGGAGACCGUAGAGAAGACUCCGGGGCUGCCACGUCGCCAGGUGCUCCAGACCUGCUCCAGCCCGGAGAUCCUGGAGAACUGCGACCUCCUUUCGGACAGUCCGUACUUCAUGAGAUUCACCCAUCGCGAGAUGAAGGAGCACACUGAGGACUACACGCAGGACAUCGACCUGCAGCUCACCAUUGACGAGGAUGCGCCAAGUUUCCUCAAUGCUCAGAACGAGGACUCCAUCUACGAGGAUGAAGUGGAAAUGGAAAUGGAACUGGUGGAAAACGACACCAUCUCCAAAAAUGCGGUGUCCAUUGAGAAGUCGGGAGACCCUCAACCCAACUGAACGCAAUUUAGCAGCAAGAUUUUUGGCACGAUUUUAAGUCCAAAAUUAUUAGCUUUUUGGUAUCUAAAAAUUGUUUCGCAAGUCUUUUUUUUGUAAUAUUUUGGAUCUCUUUACACUUGGACGCAAGACCGUACUUCAUAAGCAAUUUAACAUACGUGAUCUUGUAACACUUUCAUCAAAAUUUAUAAGUAAAUAACAAAUUUAUUUUUAAAUUGA